AUGGCUUUUAGUUCACCUGCUCCUUUUCCGAACUUUCCGCCCAACCUUCCUACCAUACAGCUUCCAACGCUGUCAUUGUCGAAACUCGUAGCUGAAGAUGAGGACGAAACGAAGAGGCUUUUCAACACUUGCAUAUCUACCGGCGUCUUUCUUCUUGAACUGCAAUCUUCCCAGGAAGGCCUUAGUUUGAUUAAACAAGUUGAUGAUAUGUUUCAAUUAGGAGAAAGAAUCUUCAAGCUAGGCAUGGAAGAGAAGCUGAGAUACUCCAUGCUUAAUGGGACUGUUCUUGGAUACAAAGGAGCGGGAAUCGGCCGGAUCGAUGCAAAAGGUACUCCAGAUCGCUGCGAGUUUUGGUGCAUGGGUAAAGACGAUGUUUUGGGUAUUGUGCCUGCCCUUCCAGCACCAGAGGUCGUCAGUAGUCACCGCAGCCUAUAUGCGGAUCUCGCUCGGAGUUGUCACUCUCUGUCCAUGACCGUCCUUGACUGCCUAGAGACUCAACUCGGCCUUUCCAGGGGUACUUUCCGUGCCUGUCACCGAAUAGAACAACCAUCCUCAGACCAAAGCCGUCAAAUCUGUUAUCUACCCCAGCCGGAAGGAGAUCGUCGCACGAGCCUAGUCCCGCACACUGAUUACGGCAGUGUGACCAUCCUAUUCAACAUUCUCGGCGGUCUGCAAGUUCUUCCUGAGGGAAAAGCUGCUGAAGAGGAAAAUUGGCUCUGGGUCAGGCCCAGCCCUAACUGUGCGAUCAUCAAUCUAGGUGAUGCUAUGGUGAAGUUCACGAAUGGAUUACUUAAAAGCCCAAUGCAUCGGGUGAUGUAUGCCCCCGGAGAGCAAGCAAACUUAACGCGCUAUUCGCUUGCCUAUUUUACGAGGCCAGAGGACCAGUGCUUGAUGAAGAGCCUGAAGGGUAGUGCGAUGAUAUCGAAGCUAAACAGUGAGGACGAGGAGGUGGGUGUGACUGCUGGAGAGUGGGUGAGGACAAGGGUUAGGGCAGCACAGGUCCAGGUGGACCAGCAUGCACGGUUUCCAAAAUGGGCUACCAAAGGUCUAAAGUGAAAUGGAUUAGUGGCUGCGAAAUUCGCGAUGGGGGAAUUGCGUUAUUGAGUGUAG